AGCAUCAUUUGAAUCUUGAAUUUGCUAACGUUAGCACUUGAAAAAUAAAAAUCUUCAAAACGAAACGCGUGUGCUGUGCUUCAAAGUGAAACCAAAUACUAAAAUUGUGUAAAAAGGCCGGAAAAUUAGGCUAAAAAACCAAGCACUUAGCUAUUGUCUACAAUGAAUUACUUUUUUCUGCUAGCAUUACUACUAGCAGUAUGCGGGACUUUUGCAGAUGUAUCGCAUUUAGAUACUGAUUUACGUGAAGAUGGUUAUCACUAUAAGGAACCUUCAAUACCAUUUCCACCUCCUCCUACUGGAAAUGGUCUAGAAGAUACAGAUUUUCGGCCAAGACCACCAGGUCCACAGCCACAACCGCAACCGCAACCACAGCCACCUGCACCAGCACCAAGCUAUGGGCCACCUCAGCCACAACCAAGUCCACAACCUCAAUACAUAGCACAGAUUUUUAAAAUUGUUCGUAUUGAUGCGUAA